AUGGAACAAAAUUCAGAGGAAGAAAUUGUAUCUGACAAGAGAGAAAAGUUACAGGAAGACCCUAUACCGCCCCCAGAUCCCCCACCACUUCCGGUUUCCAGAGUAAUCGUCGAACCACCCUUCUCCGUAACAGGUGUUGAUUUCACAGGGGCACUUUACAUUAAAGAAAAGCAAGUUCAGCAGAAGGUAUACAUAUGUCUAUUCACGUGUGCCAAAACCCGUGCUGUUCAUCUAGAAAUAGUUCCAGACCUUACAGAAGAAUCAUUUAUGUUAGCCUUCAGACGAUUCAUCAGCAAACGAUCAUUACCAAGACUGAUGAUAUCUGAUAAUGGUACCACUUUUCAUGCAGCAGCCAAUCAAAUCCGGCGACUCUAUAAUUCGCAAAAUCUUCAUACUGCCCUUACACAAAGAGGAACACACUGGCAGUUUAUUCCAAAAAGAGCACCUUGGUAUGGUGGAAUGUGGGAGCGACUAAUUGGUGUAAUGAAAACAGCGAUUAAGAAAGUUCUCGGCAAAGCUUCCAUUAAUUUGCAAACGCUGCAGACGAUAGUUACCGAAGUAGAGGCAAUGAUGAACGAUCGACCAAUUACCUACGUUUCAUCUGCUAGAGAUGAUCCAGAGCCUCUCACCCCUUCACACUUACUACAUGGACGCAGACUGACAACUCUACCAUUCUACGAUACUGUGGUAACCAACGAUACUCCCGGUUACCACAGCAAAGGUGACGAUGUUCGACAACGUGCUAAACGACGUGAGGAGUUAAUUAAUCACUAUUGGCACCGCUGGAAACACGAGUAUCUGACGUCAUUAAGAGAAUACCAACGGUCGAGUGUACCACAAACCAGACUAUUCAGGUUGGUGACGUUGUUAUUGUCCAAGACGACUUUACACCCAGGCUACAGUGGAGCCUUGCGGUAG